UAUCUUUGUUCCGAGUUUGUCCCUUGAACUUUGAACCUACUGCGACCUUGAUGGGUGUGCAUGUGAAAACGCCGUGCUCCUCCACGGUCUUAUUGUGUACUGUACUGUACUGUAAAUAAUCGGAUAAACGCAAUGCAUGACAAUGCACGGCCCCUUGUCGCAAGGAUCUGGAAGCUGAAACUGUGCCAGUUCUUCCAUGGCCUGCAUACUCACCAGACGUGUCACCCAUUGAGCAUGUUUGGGAUGCUCUGGCUCGACGUGUACGACAGCGUGUUCCAGUUCCAGACAAUACCCAGAAACUUGCACUGCAUAAGGCAAAUGGUGGUCACAUCAGAUACUGACUGGUUUUCUGAUCCACGCCCCUACCAUUUUUUUAAGGCGAAAUAUCUUGCGCAGAUCAUUGUCAUGGGGGCGCAGGUAGUAGGACGGGCGUUUGCGCGUGCAUUGCGGCAAGAAUAUGCUGCCAGUCAAGCUGCAGCGGAGGCCAGGGGGCGUGCCGGACAGCAGUCAGCAGCAGCCUCUAGUCUCACUGGGAUGACCUUACAGGAGGCCCAGCAGAUCCUCAAUAUCGCCACGCUCACCCCUGAGGAGCUCCAGAAGAACUAUGAACACCUUUUUAAAGUCAACGACAAGGAGGUGGGCGGAUCUUUCUAUCUACAGUCCAAGGUGGUGAGAGCGAAGGAGCGUCUAGAUGAGGAGCUCUCUAUUCAGACACAGGACAGUAAACCCAAACCCCCACCAGAGCAGAAGCAACAGACUCCAGAAACAUGAACCGCCCCCCUCCCUACCCCACCCACUGUAAAUUAUACCCUCAAUAAAAGCCUUAUCCUUUUCUCAA